ACAACUUCGUGUGUGACAUGUCUGACAGACUACAUAGUAAACAGGGAUAGAUAUUUGUUUUUAAAUUUAUAAAAAUGUUAAGGGUUAUAUUGCAAAAUACUACUCUAAAACAAAAUAUAAAUAAUGGUCUUAAGAAAUUACGUACGUUAACUACUGCAUCUCCGCUGGAAGAUAUACAAAAUGAGCACAAUCAUGUGAAAAUCACCGGAACUAUCAUAACAAAUGGAAAAACUCUGAAUAAUGGAUUCACGUCAAUCAUAGUUCGAACCAAUGAAAACAAUGAUAAGUAUUACAAUCAUCAUGUAAACGUUAAAACUGAUGAUUUGUUGACGGUGGGUCAACGUAUCUAUAUAUUUGGCCAUCUUAAUUCGAAACCAUUUACAUUGGAUGACGGACGUCUUCGUCAAAAAUUAACUAUAAAAUCCACAUACCAUCGAUUGCGUGGAGAAUCCAAUACAGCGGACAAUACACAUGUAAAGGAUCAAAACAAUGCAAAAAUUGUAGGCAAAAUUACAUCAGACAUUCGAAUCACCGAUAAACAUGUUUUACUUACGAUAGCAUCCAGGCAUAAUCCAAAAGGAGAUGGAACAAUACCAGGAAUAGUUAUAACACAAUUUCAUCGAGUGAUUGUCUACGAUCCGUCAGUCAUUUUGGUAGCCAGAAAUCUACAAAAAUUUGAUCGAAUUCUAGUUGAAGGGAAAGUCUGUUAUUCGGCAUUCAAAAAUACCGUUGAGAAGACGCAACACGGAGGUUUUAUCACCGCUCAAUCUAUUCAACGAAUUGAACAAUAGAAUGCAAUAUCAUAAUUUAAGUAAAAAAUGAUCUUUUUACCAAAAACACAUUGUGUAAAAUGAUUGAAGGUUAAUAAAAAGUUAGACUCACAGGCUCAUUGAGUGCAACGUGACAACGAUGAA